AUGGCUACUCUUUGGCUAGGCGAUAUCAAGUCUUUUUCAUGUGAAGUCCAUCCUGCAGUUCCUAUGACGAUUCUUCAACACUAUAUGAGACGCCCAAAUAAAGACCAAGAAGUAAUAGGCCUUUUGCUGGGUACUCAAUCUGAAGGUCUGAUCCACAUAAAGCACGCUAUAUGUCUUCACCAUAUGGUCAAAGACAAUACCUUGAACUUUGCCAAGCCUCAAGCGACAGCCCAUUUCAACCAUGUUAUCGAAGCCUAUCCUAAAUACUCACUUAUUGGAGCUUAUCGAACUGGAGAUCUGAACCACAUUGCAGUCACCUCUAUUCUUACUUACGAGAAGAUGUUUCCUGGCAAUAAUCUGAUCUUGCUGAAUCUCCAACUCUCCAGCAAAGGAAUCGACACCCAAUGCUACAAACUCGCAAGAAUGCGUAUAGGUUCCCUUGCAUUAUUCGAGGCAUUGCCAACAAAAAUCAUUACAGAGCCUUUGAACGUUUUGAUGAAGCAGCGAAUCAGCAUCCAAGAGUUAGUGUCUGCAUGCAAAAACUACGCAAAAGAAAUAAGAGCUGGAAGAAAGCAGCCAGACAAAAGAAUUUCUUUAUUGCUAUCUAGAGCCAUAGGACUAACAGGGAAAGUUGAUCCAAGCAGCUCUACAGAUAUAGACCUUGUGAAUGAGAUUGCUGAGCUCACGCUAUCACAAACUGCUCAAUCAGAUAAAACUAACAAUUCUCUUUAA